AUGGAUAAACUGGAACACAUUGGAACCUGGAACUAUGGAGACACAGAAUUACCAAGAAUCGUUAAAAAGGAAAUAUUAGAAGGAGAGGUAAUCUAUGUAGCAAGAAAUCCUAAAGACAAUGCUGUGUCGAUGUAUCACUUCGUAUUGCCAGUUAUGAAGUCGGUUGGCGUGGAUUUCCCUUGGGAAGCAUUUCUUGAAAUGUACAGCUUAGGCAAACAGCCAUUUGGAUCGUGGGCUUCGCACGUUGUGCCGUUCUGGGAACAUCGGAAUGAUUCCAAUUUCUUAUUUCUGAAGUACGAAGAUAUGAAAGCGGAUCACACUGAAGCAGUGCGAAAAAUUGCCACCCACCUUGGCUAUUCAACUUCCGAAGAUGUAAUCAGAAAAACAGUCGAAAACUCAACUGCUGAACGAACUAAAGAUGCAUUAAAGCUAAUACCGGAGCCCGACCUACCUGCCAUUUUAGGAGUUGGAGAUUUUGUUCGAAAAGGUGUUGUCGGCGAUUGGAAAUCCCAUUUUACUGUAGCUCAGAAUGAGGCUUUUGAUGCUGCUAUCAAGAAAGAUCUAGACGGCACUGGAUUAACAAUGGACUAUUAAUCCAUUAUCAUCAUCGCGAUUAUUAUAGCCAAGCAUAACAUAAUAAAAAUAAUAGGCCUUUUUCACGCUGCGGUAGACAUCUUCGAUCGAUGACAAACAGGGCUGAGCAGCGAAGUGUAACCAAUAGAAAUAACAUAUUGAAGGUGCGUCAAGAACUAUCAAUAAGAGGGAAAAAACAAAGCAAACAGAGAAUAGCGGCCUACUUAAAAAACUAAAAUUAAAACACAGUUCAAAUCAAAAGUAUAGUAAACAUAGUAUAUGUUUAGCCCGAUAAAAUGACCUACAGUGUCAUCUUUAACUAAAAACUUAUUGCUGAAAGUACGUCUGUCUAAACACUUAUGUAAUGCACAUGAGUAUAAAAAGGUAAAACACAUACAGUAUACUGUGUACACAUCUUGUGUUGGGCUCUCAUCCAAUGGUGUCUUCUUGGCACCCCUCUGGUCAUUCUAUGAUUUGUUGUUUUGAUAUGUUGUGCCGAAUAUGUAAUAAAUAAAAAAA